AAACAGGCUACAUUCCAUUCUGUUACUUAACUUUGAUUAGCAAUUAGUGAUUAAGACAUCUAACAUUCCCAAGCUUUUAAUUCAAAAUGUCUUCAAUCUCAACCUUAUUCGUCACAUUAGCCAUUAUCAAUUUCAUGUCCAUCGCCUUGGCCUUCGAUGCUAGACCUCUCCAGGAUUUCUGCGUCGCUGAUCUCACCAAAAAAGCACAAAUUGGCGGCGCAGCGCCAUGCAAGGACCCUGAAAGAGUCACGGCCAACGACUUCAUCCUCAGCGGCUUCGAUGUGGCGGGAAACACCUCAAAUUCAUACGGCGUGGCAGUCACCUCCGCCUCCGCAACCACAUUGCCGGGCCUCAACAGCCUCGGUCUCUCGUUCUUGCGCGUGGAUCUGGCGCCGAACGGCUUCUUCCCACCGCACUACCACCCGAGAGCGACGGAGCUCGUGGUGGUCCUAAAAGGUGCCUUGGAAAUUGGAUUCAUAACCUCCAACCCAACCUACAACUACUUCACCAAAGUUGUACGGAAAGGCGAUGUGUUUGUGGUGCCCGUGGGGCUCGUGCACACCGUGCGUAAUCUCGCGAGAAGAGACACCGUGGCGAUGGUGGCAUUCAAUAGCCAAAAUCCAGGGGUUACGAAUAUUCCGAACGCCAUUUUGGCGGCUGAGCCCGCCGUCAACAGCGUUUAUCUUUCCAAGGCGUUUCGGAUGGACGUGGAAACUGUGAAGCAUCUGCAGAACAUUUUCUAGAUGUUUUAUUCUCUUUCUCUUUAUGUAAUUAUUCAUUGCUUGUCAGAUAAUGUUACAAUAUUUAUGUGUAA